GGAGAAGAAGAAGCAUAUGCAUAGUUUACAUUUUCACACACGUGCGGUGCCGCUGGUUAAAAAUUUAAUUUCUGUAAUAAAAUCGGCAAAAAUAUUAAAUAAACAUGAAAAAGAAAGUACAGAAAAAACCUGUUGAAUCCGAUAGUGAUUCUAGUUUUGACGAGGAUGAGCCACAAGCAGUGGAAGUGCAGGAAGAUGUAGAUUCGAGCGACGAAGAUGAACUUCCUACAGCCAGCAGUUCAAAAAAGUCAACAAAAACCAAAUCUACUAAAACUCCAGCUAAAGAUGACAGCGACAGUAGUGAUGAUGAUGAUGAAGAUGCAGACAUGGAUGCGGAGGAAGAGGGUAAAACUAAAUUAAAUGAUAAAAAUAAAACUGCAAAGGUUGAGAAUAAUGAACAAGACGAAGACAAUAAUGGUGAUGACGAUAACGAUAAUGAUGAUGAGGAGAAGAGUGAUGAUGAAGACGCUGAACCAGAUGUACGCAUGCCAGUUAUAAAUCCCUUAGCAUUCAUGAAGAAUAAAGAGCAAAGAAUGGCACUGUUCAAAAAAAUGAAAAAGGAAAAACAUAAACAAAAAAUGCAAGAGAGACGUGCACGCCGUAAAGCUGGCUUACCCGCAAAUCCCGGACACACAAUUGAAAGUUUGCGUGAAAAAGAUCAGACAACUGUAACUAACCUAGAUGACUCGGAUAAUGAAGAACUCCGUAGGGAACUGCAAAUGGAUGACUUUAGUUCUUACUUCGAACGUAGUUAUGAGCCAAAAGUAUUGAUUACUUUCGCCGAUAAUCCCGUAACGAAAACACGAAAAUUUGGUCUAGAAUUAAGUCGUAUCUUCCCAAAUGCCUUAGUUAAAAUACGAAAUAAAUCCUCGGUUAAAAAUAUAUGUAAAAGCGCGGUACGUGAAGAAUACACAGAUGUCGUUAUUGUCAACGAGGAUCGGCGCAAACCAAACGGUUUACUAGUGAUACAUUUACCCAACGGUCCAACGGCGCAUUUUAAAUUGUCAAAUGUGCAACUGACAUCAGAUAUCAAGCGUAAUCACAAAGAAAUAACAAAACAUCGACCUGAAGUCAUACUGACAAACUUCACCACAAGACUUGGUCUGACCGUUGGUCGCAUGUUGGGCGCGCUUUUCCACCAUGACCCCGAGUUUAAAGGACGACGUGCAGUCACCUUCCACAAUCAACGUGAUUACAUAUUUUUCCGUCAUCACCGUUAUGAAUUCACAAAGGAGGGUAAAAGAGUAAACUUACGUGAACUGGGACCACGUUUCACGUUGAAAUUACGCUCAUUACAAGAAGGUGUGUUCGACAGUAAAACAGGCGACUACUCUUGGAUAAUAGCAAACAAACGGCAUGCCAUGGAGGCCUCCCGUCGUCGUUUCUUCUUGUAAAAUGUACUAUAUAACGGUCAGUUAAAAUUUUGUUUAAAAAAUAUUACAAAUAAACUGCAUAGUGAUUAUGCACAAAUGUGUAAAAUA